AUGAGGAAGAAUAUUUCCCUCAAGGAGUUUUCAACGACGCCGACAGUUUCGUACAUGCUUAGCAAGGAUGGCCACAACGUCGCUGCCGCAGCAGGUACUCAGGACUGUUCAAUGAAUCCGCCGCCGCAGCCCCUUCUCGCGGAGCGUCCGAAGCAGCAGCAGCCCGCGCCGGACGGGGAUGACGCCAUGUACGAGAUGGAAUAG